CUAAGUUCGGCUCGGCUCGGCUAAGUUCGGCAGGCCUUAGCUCGGUUCGGCUAAACUCGAUAGGGCUCGGCUCGGCUCGGCUCGGUUCGAUUCGGCUUUGCUCGGUUCGGCCCGGCUCGGUUCCGCUCGGCCGAGCUCGGCUCUGCCCGGCACGGCUGAGCUCGGCUCGGCUCGGCGGGACUCGGCACGUCCCGGCUCGGCUCGGCUCGGCACAUCCCGGCUGGUGUCGGCGCAGAGCGAGGGGGGAGGCGGGCGCUGUUCCUGGAAGAGCCCGGCCUGGGGAGUUGGUCACAUUCUUGGCCGGGAUUCAAUGACUGAGGCAGACACCAACAAACAGAGGGGGGGAGGCGCAGGGCGGGAGGCUGAGCCCGCCUGCAUUAGCUCAGCUCGCAGGCACUCUCAGUCACUGCUGGCGAGAGGAGCGGCGAGGAUGUGCGCGCUCUCCCCGCGGCUCCCCACGGCACGCCGACAGCACCGGCAGCACUAGGGGCAGGGAGGCGACCCCAGGGACGAGGAGCCGUCCCCGGCCGAGCAGAGGGACCCCGAGGGGCAGCGGAGCCGCUCAUCGCCCGUGCGGAGCCCCCGCGGCAGCGCCGGAGAGCGGGGCCUUUCCUCCUGCCUUGUUCUCGCGCAGACCGAGCCUUCUGCCGCCUCCUGCUUUCUGCUUUCCUCCCCCGCGCCUUCCUCCGGUGGAUAUGGACAGAAGGGGGAUCACUGCAGAGAAGCAGCAGCCGCCAGAACAUAUUUGAGCCCCGGGUGCUCGGAGCGUGGCACAGACUUUUUGUGUUUCCGUGGGUGGUGUGUGUGUGUGAGUGAGCGUGUGAGUGUCGGAGGUGUGGGAGGAGGGAUCGGUUUGCCUGGGGGCUGGCUGAGGGGGUGAGUGCUCGGAUGAAGACCUCUUUUUGCCGUGAUUCUCUGCUCCAUCGGGGCAGCUUGGAGACUUGGAGGGUUUGAAAUUGUAACGAACCAAGAGGAAAGAAAGAAGAGAGAGACACGCAUACAAAAGGAUUUAUUUCCUCUCCGUUAGUGGAUUGCUGAGUGGGAAGGAGAAAAAAAAAAACAAGGGUGGGUUUGUUUUAUUUUGUUCAUAUUUUUUUCCUUAAAAAAAUCCCUUAAGUGGAUUUGUACCAGGGUGGAAGAUAACUGGGGAUUUUUGUUGUUUGUUUUGGGAAUAGAAACUAAAAAAUGGAGACUGUAAGUAGAAGCAGCUUCCAGCCUCAUCCAGGACUGCAGAAGACCUUGGAACAGUUUCAUCUGAGCUCUAUGAGCUCCCUGGGUGGCCCUGCUGCUUUCUCAGCACGAUGGGCACAGGAGAUGUACAAGAAAGACAAUGGCAAAGACCCCGCGGAACCUGUACUGCAUCUGCCCCCAAUCCAGCCUCCUCCGGUCAUGCCCGGUCCCUUCUUCAUGCCCUCGGACAGAUCCACAGAGAGGUGCGAGACCAUCCUGGAAGGGGAAACCAUCUCCUGCUUCGUGGUGGGUGGAGAGAAGCGGCUUUGCUUGCCCCAGAUCCUGAACUCGGUGCUCAGGGACUUCUCCCUGCAGCAGAUUAAUUCGGUGUGUGAUGAGCUGCAUAUUUACUGCUCCAGAUGCACUGCUGACCAGCUGGAAAUCCUCAAAGUCAUGGGCAUCCUGCCCUUCUCCGCUCCUUCCUGCGGGCUCAUCACGAAAACUGACGCUGAGAGGCUUUGUAACGCCUUGCUUUAUGGUGGCACCUAUCCUCCCCACUGCAAGAAGGAAUUCUCGAGCACAAUUGAGCUGGAGCUCACGGAGAAGAGCUUCAAGGUGUAUCAUGAGUGCUUUGGGAAGUGUAAGGGACUCCUGGUGCCAGAGCUUUACAGUAACCCCAGCGCAGCCUGCAUCCAGUGCUUGGACUGCAGGCUCAUGUACCCACCUCACAAAUUUGUGGUCCACUCUCACAAAUCGCUGGAAAACAGGACUUGCCACUGGGGCUUUGACUCUGCAAACUGGAGAUCCUAUAUCCUCCUCAGCCAGGAUUAUACUGGGAAAGAGGAGAAAGCUAGACUGGGCCAGCUCUUAGAUGAAAUGAAAGAAAAAUUUGACUAUAACAACAAAUACAAGAGGAAAGCCCCCCGGGUCUCUUCAGAUCCUCCUGCUUCCAAAAAGCCCAAAACAGAUGACUCUGCUUCCCAAUCUCCAGCUUCUUCUGAGAAGGAGAAACAGUCCAGUUGGUUACGGUCCUUAUCCAGUUCAUCCAACAAGAGCAUCGGCUGUGUGCACCCCCGGCAGCGGCUCUCGGCGUUCCGGCCCUGGUCCCCCGCGGUGUCGGCCGGCGAGAAGGAGCUCUCGGGCCACCUCCCCGCCCUCAUCCGGGACAGCUUCUACUCCUACAAGAGCUUCGAGAGCGCCGUGGCCCCCAACGUGGCCCUGGCCCCCCCAGCCCAGCAGAAGAUCGUGAGCAACCCCCCCUGUGCCACCGUGGUGUCCCGGGGCAGCGACUCCCUGAGCUCUGCCCAGCCCAGGAAAAGGAAACACGUGGAACACGUGGCUGCUCCCGAGGCCACGGCCCCGGCCCCCGAGGAGGACAAGGAGUCGGAAGCAGAAAUUGAAGUAGAAACCAGGGAAGAAUUCACCUCCUCCUUAUCCUCGCUCUCCUCCCCAUCCUUCACUUCAUCCAGCUCUGCCAAGGACAUGAGCUCCCCUGGGAUGCAGCCCCCCGUGCCCGUCAACAGCUCCUACGAGGUGGCAGCACACCCUGACUCCCACAGCAGCGGCUUGGAAGCUGAGCUGGAGCACCUCAGGCAGGCCCUGGACAGUGGCCUGGACACAAAAGAAGCCAAAGAGAAAUUCCUGCACGAGGUGGUGAAGAUGAGGGUGAAGCAGGAGGAGAAGCUGAACGCGGCCCUGCAGGCCAAGCGCAGCCUGCACCAGGAGCUGGAGUUCCUGAGGGUGGCCAAGAAGGAGAAGCUGCGGGAAGCCACCGAGGCCAAGCGCAACCUGCGGAAGGAGAUCGAGCGCCUGCGGGCGGAGAACGAGAAGAAGAUGAAGGAGGCGAACGAGUCGCGGGUGCGGCUGAAGCGGGAGCUGGAGCAGGCGCGGCAGAUCCGCGUGUGCGACAAGGGCUGCGAGGCCGGACGGCUCCGAGCCAAGUACUCGGCCCAGAUCGAGGACCUGCAGGUGAAGCUGCAGCACGCCGAGGCCGACCGGGAGCAGCUCCGCGCCGACCUCCUGCACGAGCGGGAGGCCCGGGAACACUUGGAGAAGGUGGUCAAGGAACUUCAGGAACAACUGUGGCCUAAGUCGAGCAGCCAGCCCAGCAGCGAGAGCACCUCGAGCCCCAUGGAGAACUGAGCCCCGAGCAGGGCAGGGCGGGAGCGGCGCCGCAGGGCGGGCGCGGGGGGUGAGGUGUCCUGGCACCGGCGGGAACUCGGACUCGCAGCAGUUGGAAGGCAAACGUUGUUACCCUCUAGAACAGAAGCACUGAAUUCUGCCUCUUUUUUGUUUUUGUUUUUUUUUCUCCUUCCCGAUCCAUAUAGCACAACAUCUUACUGUGCCUAGAAAACACAAAGUGUUUGUAAAACAAAAUACUUUUAAGUCCACAGCGAGAAUUUUCUACUGGCAAACUCGGAGCAAGCGGCGUCGUCCAGCUGAACCCAGAGUCCAAGGCGAGCAGGGCAGGGGGGUUGUGUUCUCCUGCCCGUUGGAACAUUUUGGAAUUGACAAAGCAAACCAACUUUUCUUAUAAGCUAUUUAAAAUAAUUCAUUACACAGACUUGGUGUUAAAAAAAAAAUUACACGAUUUUUUUAUAAUGAACGUUUAAAAGCAAAACAAAACAAACAAACAAAAAAACAACAAACCUUCGAUGCACAAUUUUUAAUGACUUUAUAGGCUUUGGGAUUCUUUGUGCAGAAGCCCCUCUCUGGUGAUGGUGCCAUGUCAGGAGCAGUUUUCCAGCCAUCUCGGAAGCCAGCGCGGUUCCAUCCCGUCACGUGGGGGUGGGGGAAGUUCAGAGUGCUUUUCCAAGUUGAUUUUUUUUUUUCCUUAGAAAGAAUUAUCUUAAUUUCCUGCCCUAAACACGAGAAGAAGGGAAGAUGCAGGAGCGUGCAGGGGGUGGGGAAGGAGGUGGUGUUGGACUGAGAGCCCCACGGGCCCCGCGUGUGCAGCCCACGCCAGCACCCUUGGUGUGUGCAGAGACUUCAUCCAGGAGCACUUGAGCUUUGGGAAAGGGAAGAAAGAAAGGGAGGAAGGAAAUGGAUGAUCAGUUGGUAGAGGAACAAAGCAGAGACAUCUGUGUGUUGAAGUCAUUCUGAAAUCUUCAGCUUUCAGUUUUCUGGAAAACUCAUCUCGUUGCACCAUCUCGCCGUGAGUUCAGUAUUUCCCUGCCCCUGUCCCGAGCUGCCUGUCGGGAUUCCCGUGCCCAGGGAGGUGCAGGAUUCCUGUGCCCAGGGAGGUUCAGGAUUCCUGUGCCCAGGGAGGUGCAGGAUUCCCGUGCCCAGGAAGUGCAGGAUUCCUGUGCCCAGGGAGGUGCAGGAUUCCCGUGCCCAGGAAGUGCAGGAUUCCCGUGCCCUGGAAAGUGCAGGAUUCCUGUGCCCAGGGAGGUGCAGCCUCGGACACCACAGACCACACCACCGACGGUUUUGCUGCUGUGAAGAAGCCACAUGGUUUUUUUAUUAAAACCCUUUUUGUUUUAACAAGAAGCUCACUUUCAUGUUGGGGUCCAAGCCGCAGCCCCGGGACACGACGCAGCCAUCACUGCCCUGGGGGUGGUGCUGAGGUUUUUUUAUAUUUUUUUUUUUUUUUUAAACCUGCACUUUGUCAGAAUCUUACUCUGCAUUUUAUUCCCUGUUUCUGAAGCCAAGCAUUCUAGAUUCUGCCCUGAGAGCUGUGCAAACCAUGAACCCAACCUGCCAGCACUGCCACCUCCCAUCAGCAUCUCCACAGAGGAGGAUCCAGCAGGUCCAGAACAUCCCAAGCAGGAAUUCACCAGACCAGGGAACUGGUUUUGUGGCUGUGUAUCUGACCCAAGCUGGGGAGCAGCUGAGAUGCUCCCAGAAGUGCUUAACAAAUAAAGCUGGUGCUUUACUGAUCAAGAGAAAAGUUAUUUUCACCCCUAAACACUCACCUCUGACACACUCAAAUGUGAAAAUGUGAUCUGGGGCUGCAGAUGUGCCUUCCAGCUCAUUUUUCCUCUCAGCAUCUUCUCUAGGCGAUGCUGACACUUUUUUACCUUAAAAGAAUAAAAAGAAAAGAAAUAAAAAAAAAAAGAAAAAAGAGAACCCCCCCCAUGCAUCAUCAUACCCAGAAGUUACUCUAAACAAAGGAACAUAUUUCCAGUAAUCUUUAUUUGCUUUUGGACAUUAAUGCAAACUAUGUAAGCUUCAAAAUUAUUUCCCAGUAGACAGAAAGCGGCUUCCAAUCCUAAAAUUAUGGUAUUUACUUACAGUACAUUAGAGAGAUUUUUUUUUUUUUUUAAACAAGAGCUGUUUGCUUGAAACCAUUAUAAUAACCAUUAUAAUAACUGUGAGCAUUAACAAAGAAGUUCAUAUAUAUGUUUUAGGUACAAAAAAAGGAAGAAGAAAUAUGAAAGGAGUGGAAUUACUGGGACAAUGUAAAACUGUUGGGAGCAAGAAACAGUCACACCAAGUCCAUGACCUGAACCUGUCUGUGGAUACAGGGGUUGGUUGGCCCUUGUGUUUGGGAGGCUGGAGACUGGCUCUAGGUGCAGAUCUCCUUCUAAAGUGCAAUGCAAAAGGAAUUUUGAUUAUGCUUGAGCAGGUUUGUUUUUUGUUUGUUUUUUUUUUUUUUUAUGUGGGGUUUUAUUUUCUUUGUAUUUUUUUUUCUGCGAUUAUUAAAUCAUAUGCAUGGAUUAAACUCUGCCAUAUAGUCAUUAAUGGGCAUUAUUACUGUCUUAUGUAAAGGGGUUCUUUUGUUAUGCAGUAUGCAGAAAAAUGUUCUCAGCCUUAUGAUUUCCAGAGCUGUAUUAUCCACUUAUUUCUUCAAGGGAAACUAAGCAGCUGUGUCUGUCAUUACCAUUCUGUGCAUCUCGAGUCCCUCGUGCUCUGCUCUGCUGCCCUGCUGGGAAUUACACAGAGAACAGCCCUGGCCUCCCUCAGGGACUGAGCCCUGGCUUUGCAAAUUGUUUGGGUUUCCCCUGAUCUCUGAGAGUGUCUCUCCCCUUAUAAUUCAAGAAAAAAAGGCAGCCUGUCCAUCUCCAGGUGUUUUUCCCCAGGAAAAGUGACUCUCUUACCUGUGGUUUCCGUGCCCAGGGGAGCUCCCUGGGCUGGAGGCUCCCACCCUCCUGGAGGAAGGGAACCUGCAGGAUUUUCAGAGGAGAAACAAGAACAGUGUCACCAACAGCCAGUCCCCCCAGGCAGCCUCCCCUGGGCUCAGAGGGGCAGGAAAAGGCUCCAGAACAAAAUUCCAGCUGUUGGUUUCCUGUUCUGCCCCGGGUUGGUCACUCCAGGAGGGCAGUGCCUGACAGGGACUCACCCUGCCCCAGUUAAGGCUCCACAAUAUUCAGUCCUUGGGAGUGAAAAGCCAUUCCCAUAAAUGAAGGUUUGAAAUCAGUGAGAUAAUUAAGGGGCAAGAAAGGUGGGGACAAACAUUGUCCAGCAGCAGCCAAACCCCAGGAGGGGCUCACAGGGAAUGGCUUAAACUGUUGGGAAUCUCCUGAACACAUUUAACAGUUAAAUUGUUAUUUCUGCAGAGUGUGUCACGUGUUUCUAAUUCAGAAUAAUUAGAACUGUCCCUGUGGCAGCCCCAGAGACACUGAUGUGGGGAGGGGGGCUCUGCAGAGACAGCCCCUGUGUGAAGGUGCUGGAGGAGAGGGAGCUCUCUGUGUAAUUUCUGAGGCUGCAGCACCUCAGUCAGUCCCACUCACAUGGAAUUCUUUCCCUGCUGCACUCCCAGGGCUCUCCAGCCCCGAGUGCAGGAGCUGCCACAUCUCUCACUUCAUCUGUGCUUUAGUUUCCUUUAAGAAGUUCAAAGGGAGAAGAGGUGUUUCAUACAGGCUGUUGACUCUCCCUGUACUUACAAAUAUAUUACUACUUGUAUAUUCAGUUUAAUUACUCCUUGUUUCUAUUACUGAACGAAGACUUAACGAAGGGAAUAAAAACCAACAGCAAUAACAUUCAUAUCUAUGGAGCAGCUAACUCUAUACAUAAUAUUCUGCUUUUCAAACAGAACUAGCCAAUGUAAAAAAAACAUUAAAAGUAAAUUCAACAUGUAAAUACUUUUUUUCAUUUUACACUGUUGUAUUAUAAGUGUAUAUGGUGUUUACUUUUUCAAAACUCUUUCUUACCUGGUAGUUGUCUUGUUUUAUGAGUUGUGUUUUUAACUGAGAAGAACCUUUGCUGUCUGUUAGGAAAAAAAAACAAAAUCUUUUUGCAAGUUUUCAAUGUGGGUUACAACCUUUCUCCAUCAUUUGCAUUUUACUUGUCCUUAUUUUCACUGUAAAGUAUUUUAUUACCAAAAGGUUGAUUUUGUUCCAUUCUGCCCUCUCAGCAGUCAUGUGUUUUAGAGAGAAGUUUUUUUUGAUUUUUUUUUUGUUGGCUUGGUUGUUGUUUUGUUUUUGGUUUUUUUGGUUUUUUUGUUUUUUUUUUUUUAUCAAAAGAACUCACAGAAAUGACAUUUUUUCAAUUGAAGAAAAAUAAAUCUUUACAUUUAUAAUAGCCAAUAGCAUUUCAGCACAUUUUUGUUAUCCUGGUCUCUCCUAUGCUGCUGCUAAUGACAAUAUUAUGACUUACUCUACUAUUCUAGAACUAUUUUUAUGUAAGUAAUGUAUGCUUUCUUGUUUAUAAAUGCCUGAUUUAAAAAAAAAUAAGAAAAAAGCUUGGCAUAUUUAUCUAUUUCGCUGUGUACCUUGAUAGUCCUUUUCCACCCCCUUUUCCACAUCCCCUCCCCCCAAUGCAGAUAAUAUUGUAAAAUAAAGGACUUUAUGAGAUUAUGUAUGAAAAUAGCUAUGCUUAUAUACCACAGUGACUGAAUGUACAGUGUAUAGACGCAUUACCGAAAAUAAAAUUGUUUGUCCAGAAAACA